AUGGGUCCUUCACCAAUUGGAGAAGAUAAUAAUACAGCUGAUAAUAGCACCUCUUUCGAUAUCGUACAGCACGGCCACAAGGAUCUGGUUCAGGCAAUUGCUUUCAACGCAUACGGCGACAGAUGCGCCACCGGUAGCGUGGACGGUAAGAUUCGCGUCUUCAAUCGACAUCAAGAUGGCAUCUGGCGGUUGUGCGAUAAUUGGAAAGCUCAUCCUGGCGAGAUACUAGAGCUUCAAUGGCUACCGCCCACCAUAUAUCCCAACUUACUAGCAUCCCUCGGCAUUGAGGGUCGUUUCAGACUAUGGGCUGAAGACCCCUCGGCUGCCCCGGGGAGACGUUUUAGUGCUAGAGACGGGAACGGCAAGAAUGUUUCUGAGUUAAGGUCUGGUCGGUAUCCCUAUAGGUCCUUUUCAGUCAAGCAUGAUGAGGUUACCCGGACUACAUAUGUCGCCCUUCUUGCCUCCGACGGCCAUCUCACAGUAUACGAGUGUGAGGAACCGGAAACCUUGACGGAUUAUGCAAAGCUUGAUGAUUUCCAGGCUUGCACAAAGCCCAAUCGUGGCGAGGAAACGUGCUUUAAGGUCCUCUUUGACCCGAAUCCCGAACCUUGCUAUAACGCUCUUAGAGCCGGUGUGCCGGCGGAUGCAUUGAGUCUGGUAGUAUCGGGCAUGACCACGGUAAAAAUAUUUAGAACUCGCGACACCGUCACUAGCUCUUUCGGUGCCGCGACAAGACAAAGGCAGUUUUAUCUAGCUAUUGAGAUCGAAGAUCAUAAUCACUUAGUCCGAGAUGUCGCCUGGGCUCCCGGGAAUUAUAGGGGAUAUGACAUGAUCGCUACCGCAUGUCAGGAUGGCUUUGUCCGGGUGUUCCGAAUCGAUACUCCUUUCUCGCAAGACGAUGGCAAAUCCUGGGCUCUGGCGGACAUCCUAGGCAGCGCAAAGCCCGAUGAAAAACCUGCCGCUACAAGCGGUCAUCUCCGCAGAAGUUCUCAAGCUCCUUCCGGUAUAAGAGCCGAGAUUGACAAGUCCGGGACUCACGGAGAAAGACCAUCGACCGACCUACCUGGCCAAGUUCAUCACACUGCUAAGCUACUGUCUAAGCUCAGUGCCCAUCGGUCCCCUGUCUGGAGAGUCGACUUUGACGAUGAUGGCCAGAUCCUAGGGAGUGUUGGAGAUGAGGGCAGGCUGGUAUGCUACCGGCAACUCCCCGACGGGUCCUGGGCAAAGAGUUCGGAAUUAGGCAUGAUGAAAGCCAAAAUGACUGCCCCGCCCAUCCACAUGGGUUGA